GCGGAAACAUUCCAGCCGCGUGGAGACAGUAGUCAAGUAAGCAUUGGGACAGGUAGGUUAACUAUUCUAUGUUGCGUCGCUUUCAUCUUGCGGUACUGCUGCGGUACAUCUUGGUGGGAUAACGAAGCCUCGUGAACGAUCAGGGGACGGAGUGGCCCAAGAAAGGAGGCUCCUUACAAUAGCCCUGCGCUUACUUGACACUCGAGCGCUUUCGACACUGCGAACAAUCCCUUAGAGGCAGCGAGCAAGGACAACGGCAACGAUGUCUAGCGUAUGGAGCAUUCUGCUCCCGCUCAUCGCCCUCCUCAACCUCACCAUCGCCGCCAACUCCACCAUCCCCUCCUCCAUCUACACCUACACCUCGAGCGUCGACGGGCAAUCUUUCACCUUUGCGAUCAACAUCGACCAGUCGAAAAAGGAUGUCUACUUCCACCUUUCUGCACCCGCCGGUAACUCCUGGGUGGGCGUUGGCUUCGGCAACCAGAUGAAAGGGGCGCUUAUGCUCGUUGCUUACGCGAGCGAGAAUGGCACGGGCGUGACGGUGAGCCCGAGGACGGCGAGCGCACAUAGCGAGCCGAGCUACUACAGCGAUGCGAGCUGCAAGCUCCUGUGGGAUUCAGAUCUGUUAGAUGGGAACACUGUGCAAAGCUACGGCUACGGGGGUGACUUUGGCAGUAUUAUUGUAAAUGCUGUGUGCAGCAACAUCACGCAGUGGCCCGCUGGCGCUCUGAGCACUACUUCGCAGGACUUCAUCUUCGCGGUAGGCCCGGGCUCAACAGGUGGUAUGAAUCUGCACUCGGACUCCCUUACCGCAGAUCUCCGCCGUCACGACGCGUAUGGCGGGUUCACCAUGGACCUCUCAAAAGCCGUCUCGAAGGACUCCAGCACCGCCGGCGUGCCGCGUCCUAACGGCGGCAACGACACUUACACCACCAGCAACGCCUCUGACGGCUUCCUGUCGGGUGACAAUGACCCAGCACCCGCCAUUCACGGCUUCAUCAUGUGCUUCAGUUUCGUCAUCAUCUUCCCCCUCGGCUCGCUCAUUGUACGCGCCUUACGACGCGUGAUCAUGCACGCCGUGAUCCAAGGCAUUGGUCUCUUCCUCGUCAUUUGCGCGACCGCGGGUGGAAUCAUCAUAAGCGCAGAGUACAACCGGAGCAAAAACUUUGCUACCGCGCACCAGAUCUUCGGUAUCCUCUGCUUUCUCGGCUUGAUUUUUCAACUAGGCUUGGGAAUAGUCAACCACCGCAUCUACAAGAAGACGCAACAACCCACUACAUUCGGCAAGAUUCACCGCUACCUCGGGCCCGCCAUCAUCUUCCUAGGCAUCAUCAACGCACCGCUCGGCUUCGUGCUGGCACAGAACCCACGUCUCUGCCUUCCCUACCUUGUCAUACUACUAAUGGUUGCCAUCCUCUGGCUUCUUGUACGCUUUUCGGCGCAGAUUUGCUGUCGUGGCCGCAAUAAGAGACGGCAGCAACAGCAGCAACAGCAGGCGGAAGGUGUACCCAUGGGUCCCGUGGGUGGCAUGCCACCCGGUCCGGAAGGAUAUCAGUAUCCGCAAUAUGGACCGGGUGGUGGGCCGGCCGGUGGUACGUCUGGAUUGAGCCCUUACUCGCAGGCUCCGCCGGCGUAUGGGAGACAGCCGUACGAAAGGCAAGCGAGCUAUGGACCUGGAGAGUCCGAGGGUGUGCCUCUGAGGCCGUAUGAGAGCCAGGCCAGCGGGAUACAAAAUCAGCAGCCGGUUCACCCUAGACCGAUGGUGUAAGCUAUGCUUUUAGGUAAGCGUGAUGAGCUGGCAAGGCGUUUCGGGCUAAACACGGAGAUCAUGAUUGUAUGCUACGCUGUUUGGUCACCGUUGUAGAAGUGCUUGGACCUCAUUCCACACCCAUAUGAUCUCAAAUAAGUUAGCGACUCCCGUCUCUUUCCUCCUUCAAGACACUGAGCAACGGCUAUCUCGUGGAGGAGGUUGCCAUGCUUGAAACUUAGUAAUGCCUAGCGAACGACAAGCAAUUUGGCAAGCCCUCACAAGAGCCUUGGAAAGCUUGUGGUGCUCAAUAUGCGGAGGUGCUUCUCUCAAGAUAGCCUGAGCAUAUGGAUUGUGGGAUGCAGCGCGGAUGUAAUACAGCGAUCUGACCUGUGUAAGAAAGACUCUACGUC